AUGCGGCGUGAUCUCAAAGCACAAGACUGGAAACAAUCAGCUAUUCAAGUUAAAACUGCAUCCAAAAUGGUCGUCGUUCAGCGCCGAAAGUGGUACCAGAUCCAAUGGUUUGCAGACGAGGAUAGUAAAGAAGACCGAAAGCUCAUUCUCAAACUCGAUGCUUUGAUCGUACCUUAUGCAUUCAUCGCGUACUGGACAAAAUACAUCGAUCAAGCAAACAUCAACAAUGCGUGGGUUUCUGGUCUGUCCGACGACCUAGGCCUCCAUGGGAAUGAGCUCGUCCAUCUGCAGACCAUCUACACAGUUGGAGCAGUCGUAGGACAGAUCCCAUUCGCGUAUCUAUUCACCCGCCUCCCCAUGUCAUGGCUUAUCCCCUUCAUGGAUGUGGCAUGGGGCAUCUUCACACUGCUCCAGUACCGCGUAACAUCCUACAGCGAGAUGAUGGCCUAUCGGUUCAUGGUCGGAUGGUUUGAGGCUGCGUUCUUCCCUGGAAUGCACUACAUCUUCGGCGCCUGGUACCGGGGCGACGAGAUCGCCCGUCGAGGCGGCUGUUUCUACGUCGGCCUCACACUAGGGACUCUGACAGCGAGCCUCAUCCAAGCAGGAACAUCAGCCCGUCUCGACGGCGUCCACGGCCUCGCCGGCUGGCGCUGGAUGUACAUCAUCUGCGCGAUCAUCACCAUCCCCAUCGGGGUCCUCGGCUACUUCGUCCUGCCAGGCACGCCCGACAAACCCAACAGACUCGUCCUCAACCAAGCCGACAUCGAGCAGUCGAAAGCGCGGCUCGCGCGCCACGGCCACAACAACGACACCAGCGACAAGCGCACCGGCCAGGUCUCGCUGCGCACCGUCCUGCGCAUCCUGCGCAACUGGAAAUUCUGGGCCCUCCUCCUCCUCGACAUCUUCUUCUGGAACGGAAGCAUCAACACAACCACAGGCGGGUACCUCCUGUGGCUGAAGAGUCUGCGCCGGUUCUCGACCGCGCGGCUGAACGAGCUGGCCGCCAUCUCGCCCGCGCUGGGCAUCUUCUACACGCUCUUUGUGUGCUUUGCGUCGGACCUGGUGCUCGGCCCCGCGUGGGCGAUCACGCUCGCGCAUGUCUGGAACAUCGUCGGGCUGGUGAUUUUGGUUGUGUGGGAUGUUCCGGAGUCGGCGCUGUGGUUUGCGUUCCAGACCACGUACGCGGCUGUCGCCAUGUCCAGCGUGCUGUAUGGGUGGGUCAACACGCAGCUGCGCUACUCGCCCGUCGAGCGGUCGGUGACGCUCGUGGCAAUCAAUAUGAUUGCGCAGUCGACGACGGCAUGGACGCCGUUGCUGGUGUUUAAGACGGUGGAGGGGCCGCGGUUUACGAAGGGGUAUGCGUUUGUGCUGGGCAAUGCGGUUUGUUUGAUCGUGCUGGCGCAUUUUGUCGGUUACUUUUCGAAAGAGUACGUCGUCUGUCUCUGUUUUGUAUUGAUGGUGCUAACGCUUGCAGGGAACCGCCGAGAGAGACGAGCGAUGGGAGCGAUGUGGAGUCUGGAGAGGUUGUGGUUGGCAAGUGAGUUGGAGUAUGUCGUGAUGGAGGGUGCUAUUCCUGUAGCAUAUCAGCAUCGUACUAGAGUCCAUCCAAGCGUAUAG